GAAGCUUGGGGCAUAGCCUGUUUACGUUACGAAAUCCGAGAUAUUAGGUUACCGACUAGAGUCCAUGAAGCGAUGCAAAUGCAAGUCGAAGCUGAAAGAAGAAAAAGGGCUGCUAUUCUGGAGUCGGAGGGUGUUCGAGAAGCUGAAAUCAAUAUUGCUGAAGGCAAACGAAAAUCGAGAAUAUUAGCGUCAGAGGCUGAACGGCAAGAGCACAUUAACAAGGCCAGCGGAGAGGCUGCUGCCAUCAUUGCAGUCGCCGAUGCCAGAGCUCGUAGUCUACAAGCUAUAUCAAAAUCUUUAGCACAUACGGACGGUAGAAAUGCAGCAUCUUUAACAUUGGCCGAACAAUACAUAGUCGCUUUUGAGAAGUUAGCAAAGUCGAACAAUACGAUGAUAUUGCCAUCAAAUCCAGGAGAUGUAACUGGACUUGUGGCGCAAGCUUUGGCUGUGUACAAUUCUGUUUCUAAACAGGGCUUUGCUUUGCCUCCACAAAGCAAUGAACAACAACAACACCUUAAGAAAAAUGUAGAAUACAAUCAACUGAGUGAAGAAAAGAAUGCUGUAAAAAUUAAUAUUGAAUAAAAUCAAAUUUUAGUAACAAA